AUGGGAAAAGUUGCUAUUAUUCUUUACACUUUAUAUGAUCACGUUUAUGAUUUAGCUUUAGCUGAAGCUGAAGGUAUCAAAUCAGCAGGUGGUGAAGUUGAUCUUUACUUGGUUGGUGAAACUUUAUCUGAAGAAGUUUUAGGUAAAAUGCAUGCUAAACCAAAACCAGAUUUACCAACUGCUACUAAAGAUACAUUAACUGAAUAUGAUGCAUUCUUAUUUGGUAUUCCAACUAGAUUUGGUAAUUAUCCAGAACAAUGGAAGAAAUUGAUUGAUCGUACUGGUGGAUUAUGGGCUCAACAAGCUUUAAGAGGUAAAUAUUUUGGUGUUUUUGUUUCAACUGGUACUCCAGGUGGUGGACAAGAAACUACCAUUAUUAAUUCUUUAAGUACUUGGAUUCAUCAUGGUCUUGUUUUCGUUCCAUUUGGUUAUGGUCAUCCUGGUAUUACCAAUUUAGAUGAAGUUCAUGGUGGUUCUCCAUGGGGUGCUGGUACUUUUGCUGGUGCUGAUGGUUCUAGAAAAGUUUCUAAUUUGGAAAAAGAAAUUGCCAAUAAACAAGGUCAUGAUUUCUACAAGACUGUUUAUAAAUGA